AUGAAUUGGUCCUCGCAGAGCUAUGGCCCGGACGGCCCGUGGCAGGCGGUGACGGUCGAGGUUGGCAGCAAUAAACAACCAGUCGCUCUCUAUCCCGGAGCCACGUACACAUCCACUAUCUUAACCGAUUCCAUCUGCGACAACAAGACCCUCUCCUCCACCUGUUAUGCCGCACAGGCUGGCACCUACAAUCAAUCCGAGUCAAGCUCAGCUUACCCGCUCAGCACAACUUCGUGGGAAACACUGUACUGGGCGGUGGAAGGCAAAGGCAUCGAAGGCGAUCUGGGGGAUCAGAUCUCCUUUGGCCCGACCGUUCCCAACGUCAGUAUCCAGGCGGUCUACCAGACCUAUCAGAUCUAUCCCAAUGAGAAGGCGUAUCCCGUGCAAGUGGGAUAUCUGGCCCUGGGUGCUCCGUGGACGACCGCGACCCUGGACAACGUCACCCUGAACAUAAUCACCGCGUGGCUCUAUGAAUCCGGAGGCGACAAUGCCAUUCCCUCCUACUCGUACGGCAUGCACAUCGGAUCUGUCAAUUCGCACAUUCCAGGCUCUCUGGUCUUGGGUGGGUAUGAUCAAAGUCGAGUUCUCGGGAACGCCAGUGCACAGUCGAUAAGUCUGGCCAGCAGCACAGGUGGAGCGCUGCAGAUCUCCCUGAAAGAUAUUGGCCUCGGCAUUUUCGGGGAUACUACUCCUGCAGGGUUCACCACCAAGACCGGCCUGUUCCUGCAGGACGACGGAGGAUCGACGUCCAGCAUAGUCACCAUCGACCCCACGAAGCCUUACAUGUAUCUCCCCGAGGCGACGUGCAAUGCGAUGACUGCUUCACUUCCGGUCUCCUUCAACCAGAGCUUGGGGCUCUAUUUCUGGGACACCGCCAGCAGUGACUACGCGAACCUCACCAACUCGGCGACCUACCUCGCCUUCGUCUUCAAGAUGAACGGCCUCGACACGCAGAACAUUACGGUCAAGGUCCCGCUCGCGCAGCUGGCACUGACCCUGCAAGAGCCCUUGGUCGAAAGCAACCGGACCUACUUCCCGUGCUUCUUCUCCACCGAGACCCCAGUGCUGGGCCGCGCCUUUCUACAGUCGGCCUUCGUGGGAGUCAACUACCACGAAGGCACCAAUACGGGUACCUGGUUUCUGGCCCAGGCGCCCGGCCCAUCGGUCGCCGAUGCAGCCGUCACCACCAUUAACGUAAGGGACACGUCAAUCGCCGGGACCAACGCCUCAUGGGAGGAGAGCUGGGCCGAGUAUUUCCACGUCGACGUUACCGGGUCUUCGAACGCCACCGCGACGAGCGGGGGCCUCUCUUCCAAAGCCAAAGUGGGAGUGGGGGUGGGGGUGGGGGUGGGCGGUGGCUGCGCAGUCGUCGUGGCCGCCGUGGCGCUGUGGCUAGUGCUGCGGCGACGCCAGCGCAGGAAGCAUGCUGGGCAGGACCGAAAGCCCCGGCCGGAGGGGUUCCUGGAAUUGCCGGCGCGAGUGACCGAGGGGCCGCCGCGCGAGCUGGAGACGAUGAAGCAGAUGAAAGCUCGAGAGUUGGCAGGGUCGGGUCCGCCAAUGUACGAGCUCGAGUAA